AUGGUUCCCAAGAAGACAGGAGUUACGGUGACUGUAAACGACAAAGGAGAGGAGAUUCAAACACGCCUCCCGACGAAGUGGCGAGUUUGUAUCGAUUACCAGAAGUUGAAUGUAGCGACGAAGAAAGAUCACUUCCCAAUGCCAUUCAUCGAUCAAAUCCUUGAUCGACUAGUAGGUCAGACUUACUUUUGUUUCUUGGAUGGUUAUUCAAGGUACAACCAGAUUGCGAUUCAUCCGGACGAUCAAGAAAAGACGACGUUCACAUGUCCCUUUGGCAUGUUCACAUUUAGGCGAAUGCCAUUCGGAUUGUGUAAUGCCCCUACGACAUUCCAGAGAUGUAUGACGGUGAUAUUUUCUGAUUUCCUUGGCUACAAUCUCGAAGUCUUCAUGAACGAUUUCUCUGUCUUUGGAGAUGAUUUUGACAGCUGCCUAACUCACCUGACAAAGAUCCUCGAGGUUUGCGUCAAGAAACGACUGGUAUUGAGUUGA